UAUAAUUCAUGGUGUGAGGAUAAUCGCUUCAGUGUAAAACUAGGUGGUAGUGUUGUAAGGAUGAAGAUUUGCUUCGCUUUUUUGCUUUUGGCGUCCGUGGCUAGUGGAACUUAUCGUAAAGAUGCGUACUGUUCAAUGCCUCCCCUGUUCCAACUUGAUGACUACGACACGUGUCUCUUAAAAAAUGGAGUUUUCUGUCUCGGCUCCUUUCAACUCACUAUUCCUAAAGACAAUGGACAAAUGACCUCCAUCGACAGCCCGGAAAACUUUGGCAACUCACAUAUGGACUAUAGGGGCAAGAAACUCUAUGAUAUCCUCCAAGCUAACUCAAAUGAGAAACAUCGCUUCAAUCAUACACUAAUCCAUCGCGGGCUAUGCUCAAGGAUGACCUGUUUUGGAAGGGCCGAUGGCCAUCUAUCUAAUCGAAAGAAAUUCCAGCAGUGUGUUAACGAUCUUACCAGGUCUCAAUUUGGGUUAGUAGCGACCCUUAUCCGCCUGGAUUACUGCAAGAGCGCGCAGACACCGCGACGCGUUCCGCCUGAUAUCGCCGACCAAGGAUUUGUCGCACUAUGCGCCGCGCUCCUUGUGGCCAAUCUUCUUGGAACUUUUUAUGACCUCUUGAGGAAUAAAGAGAAAAAAGGCAACGAGGUGCUCUUAUCAUGGUCUAUCAUCAACAACUUCAAAAAGCUUAUUCACGUUUACCCCAAUGAGGACACUCUUGUAUCCCGGUUCAACCCCAUACAUGGCAUCAAAUCUAUUACCCUUAUCGGAGAGAUCGUGGCUCACUCGGUGAUUGUUUCACACAUCAGCUACUUGCACAAUCCGGACUUUUUGGAAACUCGACGGCAGCAUCUACUGGCUAUGAUGCUUACGAAUGGCAGCAUCGCUGUGCAGGGCUAUAUUUUGCUAUCUAGCUUUCUCUUCAUCCACCACUUCCAAUUGAUGGGAUCACGCCACAAUAUCUCCAGCAUUCAACUUUUCUUCAUUAUGCUUCUACGAAGAAUUACCAGAAUAUUACCUGUAUACAUGUUCAUGGUGUAUUUCACGGCAACGUGGAGCCGAUUUCUGGGUGACGGACCGCUAUGGAUCCCGAUCAUGGAUAAAGAGGCUCAAAUCUGCCGGCUCAAGUGGUGGUCUCACGCACUCUUCAUACACAACCUUUAUCGCCCUAACGAUCGUUGUCUACUGCAAACAUGGUUUGUUGCAGUAGAUAUGCAGCUGUAUGCCUUAGCUAUUCUACUGGCAAUAAUGCUAACUCAACGAAGGAGAGCCGCUAUUAAAAUGCUUCUGGUUAUGUUUGUUGUCGCCAUUCUGUGUAUUUUCGUUGCUGCUUAUACAUAUGACUUAACUGCUAUGGUGUUCAUCACGACCCCUGAAUUUGUGAGGAAAUUGUACCACGGAGAGCCGUCUUUUAACUGGUUGUAUGCCGCCCCUUGGGGCAGUUUGCCUGCCUCAUUGCUAGGCGUGAUGGUCGGCUUCCUAUAUUACAAUCUACGGGAAGACAAAAUCAAUUUGCAAAACUACCGAUGGUUCCGAGUAUUAUAUCGUAUCUCAAUAGUCGCCGUUUUUGGGUGGAUUCUAAGCGCGUAUCUGCUCCCGCAGAAGCCGUCUUAUCUUCUCUCUACGGUCUAUGCAGCUAUUGACAGACCUGUCUACGCCAUAUUCUUUAGUGUUAUGUUGUUUGGCUCUAUAUAUCGGAUUGAUCAAUUGUGGUGGCGCUUUAUGUCGUGGAGUGGUUGGCAGGUGUUCGGUCGUAUGUCACUUUGUGUCUUUAUGAUUCAUUGGAGUUUUGACUUGCUGCAGAUAGGCUUGCAGACCAAUACCAAUAAAAUGUCCAUCUUUGAAAUUGGCGGACACGUAUGUGUUACAAUAUUUAUGACCAUUGUUAGUUCAAUCCCGCUACACAUUAUGGUGGAAAAACCGAUUCAAAUGUUUUUGCGAUCAUCGUUAAAUAUUUAAUCAAUUCUUCGGACUUAAUAAAAUAAUUUAUGAAUUAAUAUACAAGGUUGGAAUUGUAAGUGGCUUUAGUAUAAAACAUAAAUGCCAGAAACGAAACGCAGUAAAGAAUUCAAAGAUUUAACUUCUAUAAUUAUAAGUAUAUUUUUUAACAUAGUAUUUUUUGUAUAAUCUAUAUAAAUAAAAAUCGCAGAACAUGUUGCCAAGCGCAAAACUCGAAGGCGGUAGGAUUCGAUUAUUAUUUUUAGUUAUUACUUGAACUCAGAGGAAUCUUUUGAAGGAGAACAAUAAUUGAAUGGAAAAGCUUAAAAACCAGUUUGUGAGCAUUAUUAUGAAAAUACCUAAGCACACAAAUUUAUUAAGUGUGAGUAUA